CACCACAUGCGGCCUCAAUCUACACCCCUUAUCCUAAGCGCAAGCCGAAGUAGCACUUCCAGUCGCAGCACAAAGUCCAGUACCAAGCCAUACUGGUUGUGGAGGAAUAGAGGCUAAACCAGUCAGUCACUUGCGAGCCCGUCAUCACUCAUAUAUAUGUCUAUAUACCAUAUUUUCCCAAGACUUCAAGGCCAACUUAUCUUUCUGUUGGUCCUCUACCAAAAGUACCUUGUACCCGUUGACGAAUUCUCUGACCAUCGCCGAAGGAUCCGAAGCAUCUCUCCACACAUAGACCGAGGAGAUCUUAUCCGCUUACCUGGGUAACAUGAUCAAGGCUACCUUCUACGUCCUGAAAGAAGAAGCGCCAGCUGAAAAGGAAGCUGCAAAAAUUGAUGGAAAAAGGGAGCUCCUUCUGAAGACGGCGAGGAAAAAACAUUCCAACCCGUUGACCAGGAAGGAACACAGGCGGAGACUAAUGAAACAGCCUUCACCUAAAGUUGUUCGCCCGAACGUCGCACGGCUGGGUCGUCAAGUACUAGGUAUGCUGGCGAGCCCAAGGUGGACACGAUUCCCCUCAAGUAUGGCGAGACCUCAAAGACGGGUUUGAGGAAGGAUGCCAGCAGGCAUGUGGCCGAGGUGAUGUGGCCAUUCCCAUACAGACUGGACCUGAGUGGCUUACUCAAGGCUCAGAGUCCAGCCACUUUUGUAAAGAUCGAUCUCCCCGACCUACUCUUUCCUAUUCCCUGUUUGGUGGCAGCUGGCAUGCCGAUACGGACAACUUCGAGAACUGGAAGAAAUUGGUACGCGCCUACCAGGGGCGUGAGGGUAGCCUGCAUCUGCAUUCAUGUCUGGUAGUGGUGUAUGGUAGAAUAACGAGGAGGUGUCGGAGAAUAUUGUACAUACCUCUAGGUAGUAUUGUUUGUAUCGUUAGGUGUUUUCCACUCCAGCUUCCAGCAUCCUUUCCUGUUGCGGCGAAGUUAGAGUUUGACAACGUUGCUACCCAGAUACCUCUAGUGGCUGGAGUCAAACAGGCAGCUGCUAAGCUGCGUUAUAAUGCAAAC